AUGGUCGGACAAGAUCUUGUUCAGGGUGGACUUGUGCUGGGCGAAGAUGAGCGGAAAGCGUUGGCAAAAGCCGUAGUGGAUGUCGCCAUCAGCAUUUACACUAUCGGCAUGAUGAAGGAGUACAGCGCGCCCGUGGAGACGAUCAGCCGGUGGGUGCCUGGAUUAGCCAGCUUUUGGCCAAGCCUUGAAACCUCCAAGCUUUCUUGGGAAGAGCGGCACCAUGCGAUCGCAAAACUGCUCUACGAGGUGGGUCUUCGAUUGGGCGGCUUGCCAUUUAAAGCCAUGCAGUUUGUGGGGCUGCGCGAUGACCUUCCCGACGGGUACAGGAAGUGGUUCUCCAAGGCGCAAGAGAACACGGAAUUCUUCAGCCCGCCGGAGCAUGUGCAGCGAGUGCUGGGUGCUUUUGGUCCCAGCUUGCAUUGGAGCUAUGAGCCCAAGAAGUCUGCAUCGAUCGCGCAGGUGCACUUGAAGGCCACUUGGAAUGGACGGCCAGCUGUUGCAAAGGUGCAGCACGCGCACGUGAGGGCGGAGUAUACCGGCGACUUGAAGACCAUGGCUGAGCUAGGUGCCUAUGUGAACAAGUAUGAAGAGGCGAAGGGUGCGGCCGUCAUGCUGGCGGCUUUGGCGGAGAAGCUGGCACCGACGGUGGAGAUGGAGACGGACUUCACGAAAGAAGCGGCGAAUCAGGAGCGUGUGCGCGAGCUCUUCCGGCGGCACGGCACAGAUGUGGCCGUCGCUCAGGUGUACAUGUCCUCGCCGGAGGGUUUGGUCAUGCAGAAGCUGGAGGGCAUCACAGCGGCGGAGGCCAUUGCUGGCUGGAAGCAGGGAGCAGGAGUGCAGAACGACCUUUUUGGACGGAAGCAGCGGGAUGCCGCCUACAGUGCCUUUGCAGACAUGGUGCUGAAGCAUGGCUUCUUCCAGAUGGAUGCGCACCCAGGCAACCUCAUGGUCCUGAAGGACGGGCGCCUGGCACUGCUGGACUUCGGGCAGUGCUGUGAGCCCACGGAGGAGCAGCGCCGUCGCUUCCGACGCUUCGCGCACGAGGCUCCGACCUCCCAGGAAGCAGCCAAGGACACCAAGAAGCUGAAGUCCUGGCUGGCCAACAUGGGCAUCGAAGUGACAGAACAGAAGGCAGCGGCAACGGCAGAGUUGCUCUUUUACGGUGCAAAGAGCUCUAUGUUCCCAGACACGGAUAAGAUCGACCCGGAGAUCAUGCCGCUCCUCCUGACCGUGCUCUACCUCUCACGCUUUGAGAACACGGUGGCGCAGCUGCGUGUCCAGGCAGGUUUCCAAGACGCCGAGGACCACUUCGCCGUUCUCCGCGCCUUCAACAAAGCGUCUGGGGUGGGAGGUGAGGCGCACAUGGACCUCUGA